CGCACCAACACUAACCGGCACAGCAACAAUAUCCGUCUUUUUGACGGAGUCACCCGAACGACCCUACGGUGACCACAUCCAUCACAAAAACCUAUAUUAUUCUUGAAAGUCUGCGACUCCGAGCCAUGGACUAAUCCCUUGUUGCAUCAUCGUCUUCACACCAUUCUUGCUUCCAACGCUAGCAACAAACUUGAGAUCUUCGCAGCAAUGGACGAGGUCAGCCCCAUUGCCGAGCUUCUGGGCCAGGCCAUAUAUCACUUCACACAGAUCAAACCUUUGCUACCAACUUACGGUCAUCUGCUUGUCUCCGCCCUCUUCCCAAUCUACAUUGGCGCCCAUGCAUCCCUGUCGAGACCGUCAUCGGCUGCAAAACCCGAGAAGUCAGACGAAGAUGGAGACGAAUCAGAAGAGGAAGCUGGUGGUAUUCAGAAGAUGGAGGGACUUGCACCAAGUGACGCAUUGAUGUUUCCAUUGACGGCUGGCUUAACCCUUGGAGGCUUGUAUCUGGUCAUCAAGCACAUGGGCGCUGAACUUCUGAAUAAGAUACUUGGCUACUAUUUCUCCCAGAUGGGUAUGCUCUUUGCUAUAGCUUUCCUGAAAGACUCCUUCGCUGUCGUGAGAUCAUUCGUCUUUCCCCGCGAGUACAGCAGCUCUGGCAAAGUUUGGAAGACCAAGUCCACCCAACGUAUUUUUGAAAACGCUUCGGUGGAUACCUCUAAAUCGGAGUCUUCGGAGGUGGAGGUCCGGAACUCUCCCCUUCCUGGGUUCUGGGGGUCAAUCCCAUUGCCACAUACUGCUCGCGCAGCACUCUGGACUUGCCGUGAAGUAGUAUAUUGGCGCGCUAAGCUUAGGAUCCAUAUACAUCGUGUUUUCCGCACUGAAUGUUGGCUUAGUAUCUUGGACAUUAUCAGCAUAGCUGUAUCAUUCCCUACGAUUGGUUACUUCACUUUCGUGUCUAAGCCAUGGUGGUUGACUAAUUUCCUGGGAUUCAGUUUCUGCUAUGGUACCCUGCAAUUUAUGUCGCCGUCUACUUUCAUCACCGGAUCGCUGAUCCUGGGAUCUUUGUUCUUCUAUGACAUUUAUUUUGUCUAUUUCACGCCACUGAUGGUGACGGUUGCAAAGACCUUAGACGUCCCGAUCAAGCUCCUAUUUCCGCGCCCUGCGGCCCCCGGGGAGGCACCCGAUACCAUAUCCCUUGCUAUGUUAGGAUUGGGCGACAUCAUCAUUCCCGGCAUGAUGGUGGGUCUGGCACUUCGGUUCGAUCUUUACCUAUACUACAAGCGCAAGGGCCAGCAAAAGGCGCUAUCAGAGGGCAAGGGCUCGGAAAUAGUCAAGCCUGUAUAUCAGUCCGCGCUAGGAGGAUGGGGAGAACGUUUCUGGACCCGUUCCGUGGCACCAAGCAAGCCGCAGCUGGACCCUCCCUACCACAAUGCCCGAUCUUUCCCUAAGCCUUAUUUCACCGCCAGUCUGGUUGGCUAUGUCCUGGGUAUGCUUGCGACGUUGAUCGUAAUGCAGGUAUUUGAUCAUCCCCAGCCCGCGCUCCUGUACCUUGUACCUGGGGUCCUGAUCUCUCUGUGGGGAACUGCAUUGGUGAGAAAGGAAAUCCACGAGAUGUGGGAGUUCAGCGAUGCGGAAGAAGACGAGGAAGAGGAGGCGACUGCGGAUAAUAAGGAAGCAAAGGAUCCGGCUGAGAGUGGCGGACAAGCAUCCAUCUUCUCCCGUAUCUUCUCCAAGCCCCAAGAUUCCCCCUCCACCAAUGCUUCCAAGGAGGCUGCGGAGAAACAGGCGUCCGAGGAUUCCGCCAAAGACGAAGAUGAUGCCACGAAGAACAUCGAGCUGUUCACUAUUUCCUUGUAUCACCCUCGGAAGCAACAGCAACAGUCAGACGAGACCCAGAAACCCACGGAACGUGUUUCGUCCCCGGAGGACGAUGAGAAUUGGGCCAUUGUUGGUGCUGACCGGGAUGCUGAACCUCCCGCAAAGCGACUGCGUCGGAGUCCCAGAUACGCAGCCGACAAGCAUUAAGAGGUUAGCCACUACCAACUUAUGAUCUAGAUAACGCUAGAGUGCAAAUUCAC